AUGAUCGAGGAAUGUUCACUGAAUUGUGAUAAAUUCAGAUUCAAUUUAAGAUUUACGUUUUAAUUAUUUAUUGAACCAAGUAUUGAUUCUUGUCCUAUAAAUCUGUAAUCUAUAUAAUGUAUACGAGCUUCAUCCGCCGAAAUAGUGUGUAUUAUUUCUUAAAAGUUUAAAAAAAAAUACAAACAAUGAGAUUGAAUAGACGAGAUUCCUUUUCAAGUGAUGAUGAAGUACCAUUAAAAUUAAUAUCUAAAUGUUCCAACGAAAACAGUUAUAAAAUACUUUGCCAGCCGAGUAUAAACCAUUGUGAGUUUUGUGAUAGUGUUUCUAAUAACAAAUAUGAUAGUUUAAUUCACAAUGCUAGUCACAUAAUAAUACCUCUUCUUAAUCAGAAACUUAUAAAAUGCAAUGAUUGCCUAUUCUAUUUCACAUCGCAGACUGAAUAUCAACAACAUUUGAAGAAACAUACAAAAAAUCUGAAUAACCAACAUAUUAAUAUAAGGAAUAGAAUAAAAUUUGAAGACGACAGUAUAUUAAAUAAUUCAUCAGAUCUAUUGAAAGAUUUGAACAGUCAAAUAAACAUUAGAUUGGAGAAUUUGCAAUUUAAUAAUUUAGUCAAUAAUAACUUGGUGAUAAAAAAUAACUCGAACGUAAAAAAUAACUUUGAAAUAAAAAAUAACUCGCAUGUAAAAAAUAACUUGGAUGUAAAUAACUCGGUUAUUGAUCUAGAUGAUGAUAUACCAUUAAUAAAAAAUAAAUAUAUAUUUGGUACAAAGACUGUGAAUAAAAUACCUAAUGGAAGGAAAGAUACGGAAAUAGAAGAAAAUGGUAAUAAUAUAUAUAAAAGUGUACAUUUUGAUGAUUUGAGUAAACCAAAAACGGUCAUAUGUAGAUAUUGUAAACAGAAAUAUCCAAAUGAAUAUACUUUAAUAUUACAUGAAACAUGUCAUAUAAAUUUUAAUAAUCGUUUGCCCUCAUUUUGUUCGGCCUGUGAUUGGUACAUAGCUGGUGAUAGGAAAGAUGUGCUCCGUCACAAAAGAUCACAUUCACCUAAAACAAGGCAAAAACUAAACAAUCCUAUUGAAAAAUGCCUCCAAUGUGGAUUAUCUUAUCGAAGUUAUAUAAAUCAUUUUAAAAACUACCACAAUAAUAAUGACGAGACAUACAAUAAAGUGACAAUGAUGUGUGAUUUGUGUUACCAGUUUUUGAAAUCGAGUAAACUCAGGUCUUAUGAGAAAAUAGGUACUGUUAGUAAAGUUGGGAAAAGAUUUAAAUGCGGCCAUUGUAUGAGAAAGUUUUUCGAAUUGAACGAAGUGCAGAAAACCGAAUUUAUACAGAAAUGGUGUAUAAAAAGGUCUAUGAGGAAAAUGACAAAUGAUCAAAGAUUAAAAAAGAUACAAUUUAGGUUGAAGAAGAUUAAUAAUUUGAAUAAAUUUUAAUGUUUU